AUGGCGGGCAAGAACAGCAAGAAGAAGACGAAACCCGCGGCCAAUCCGGCCAGAGGUUUCGCCACCACCUCGGUGGCCUCCAAGGUCGUCGCCCGGGUCGACAAUGCCGACGAAACCACGUCUCCAGCUCCCAAGGCCGCUACUCCCUCGUCUGCUCCUCACGAUCCCAAAGGUGCCGCCCCUGUCCCCGAUACGACGCCCACUGCCCCCGUCCCCAACGGCCGCCCCAGCCAGGACGAACUCACACCGGAGGAGUUUGAGAGGCAGCUGGAAGAGUCGGAGCUGCAGCUACUAGUCGAGAAGCAUGCCCAAAAGGUCAAGAGGGACGCCCAGCGGCAGAAGUCCAGACUCGAGACGGACCGCCGCCUGCUUCGUGGCCAGGCCGAACCGCUCAACACACGCAAAUGGCUUCCCGCCGAGCUCAUGGACCACAUCUUGGACAUGAUACGGGCCGAGGGCCGUUUCAGCAACGCUGCCUUGGGGACAGAAUCCGCUAGUCCUGGGAAACUGCUACCCGAAGAAGACUUGACCAUGAAGCUGUGGACGCUGCAGCAGACCCUCAAGCCGGCCGGCUUCCCCGAAGAGCGAGUCAAGUCGGUCUUGCAACAUGUGCUGGAUAUAGCCCCCAAUAUUGCCGGGGCUGCUAAGGACAACAUCUGGGGCCUCGAGGAAGCCCUGGAAUGGCUAGCUCGUGAGUGCACCAGAGACGAGCUUCCCGAUUACGAGCAGAGGGGCAAGGUGGGCGCUCGCCUGGCUGAGACGCCUCAAGACACUCCACUCCCCUCGGGUGCCACAACACCACGGUUCCUCGAGCCAAAUGGUCCGCCGAAAUCUGCUGGUCUGAAGAAUGGCUCGGCCAAAUCGCGCUCCUCUCGUGAGGCGUCACCUAGAAAGGUCGUCGUUACAUGUGAUAGUGAUAUCGAGCCUGAUGACCUCAUCUCCGUCUACCUGGAGACCAAGACCAAGCUCUUUCAUAUGCAGCGCCCGAGACAGGAGACCAAGCGGCCCAAGAAGGCAACAAACGGUUCCGUCAAUGGCAAUGGGUCACUCGCAGUUGAUUCGUCCUCGCCAGAGGAAGAGUUGAAAGAGGCGAAACUCCUUGCCAAGAUUGACCGCAUCGACCAGGAUCCAUUAUUUGACAAGCCCCUUGCCGAACACCAGUGGCGGAGUGAUCGGAUCGUCUUGGAACAAGACUAUGCUGCAGCAAAAAGGCAGCAGGCCGAGGAAGCGAAGCGCGACGAGGGGUCGGACGCGGCACCAGAAGUAGAGGUCGACUCUGAUGAUGAAAUUGCGAAGGAAGCCAAGAAGAUCGCCAAUGAGGUUCUGGAGCAGGAUGCCAGCGACGAAGAUGCGUCGUUGUCCGACCUCUUUGCCAGCCUGCCGGUCGAAGAAGUCGAUCCCAGCACUGGCAAGACGGCCAACGUUAUCAACAACACCGACGGUUCCAAAGUCUUCAUCCGUGACUAUGGUAACAAGUGGACAGGCGUAAGCCCAACGCGGGCUUUGGAGGAGGCUUGCCGGUCGAGGGAUUCAUCGGCGAAAGUUGUAUACAGACUUAUGUCUGAGGCGCCAUUUGCCAACCGCCACAUGGUAAUUAUUACAUGGUCCAAGCCACAGGACCUCAUCACGCCGGAAGUAUCUCACAUUGAAUGCUCCAUAUACCCUCAACAGUUCGCUUUCCAGAUGGCGACCAUUGCUACUCCCGAUUCAAAGCAGUCGGAGGCCUAUGUCGCAACCGUGGCACUCUUCGCCAUAUCUGGAUCAACAAAGGAAGAAAAGGUCUUUAUGCGCCUGCCUGCAACUUGGAAGGAUCUCUGGACAGAGCUCUCAGAGGCGAAGAAGAACCAAGGUGAUGCCCAAGACCGUGCAUUCAUCAAGGAUCUGCGCACUUUGGUUCGUCAGAGGCAAGACCAGGAGGAAGAGGAGGGUGUUGUUCUCCAAAGUGCCUUCAAAGGCCGUGGUACAAACCGUAAUGGAACUCCCGACCCGUCUGCCUUCGAAAGAGUCAACGGGCAGAAUCUCGGUCCCGAGUUCUACCAUCGGAUCUGGGCUGACAAGAUCAACAACCCUCGAUUCCAUCACAUGCUGCAAGCCCGGAUGCAGCUUCCCAUGUGGUACUUUAGGGAGCAGGUGCUUGAGGCAGUUGAUCAGAACCAGGUUGUCAUAAUUUGCGGCGAGACUGGAUGUGGCAAGAGUACACAGGUACCGUCAUUCCUCCUGGAGCACCAGCUUUCUCAAGGUCGCGCUUGUAAGAUCUACUGCACGGAACCCCGGCGUAUCUCGGCCAUUUCACUCGCCCGUCGUGUUAGUGAGGAACUUGGCGAAGGCCGAAAUGACUUGGGAACCAACAGAUCGCUAGUGGGAUAUUCCAUUCGUCUUGAAGCCAAUACCUCUCGAGAAACUCGGCUGGUGUUUGCAACAACUGGUAUUGUGAUGCGGAUGCUAGAGGGCUCAAACGAUCUGGGGGGAAUCACGCAUCUUGUCCUGGAUGAAGUGCACGAACGCUCAAUUGAGUCUGACUUCCUGCUCAUUGUUCUCAAGAAGCUGCUGGAACUCCGAAAAGAUUUGAAGGUUGUUUUGAUGUCUGCCACUGUCGAUGCCGAAAAAUUCUCAAAAUACAUGGGCGGGGCUCCGGUGCUUAAUGUUCCAGGCCGUACAUUCCCGGUGAAGGUCAACUACCUGGAGGAUGCAUUGGAACUUACAGGAUAUACGCCUGAACAACGCAACCCGAACGAGAAGAUGACCGAUCUGGACGACGAUCCUGCUGAGAGCGAGAGUGAUCGUGGUUCAUUAACUGACGCCGCCAAAGACUUGCGGCAAUACUCGCCAAAAACACGAAAUACACUAUCCGUCUUCGACGAAUAUCAAAUCGACUUCGAGCUCAUCGUUCAGCUGAUUGGAAGAGUUGCUGUGGAUCCAGCUUACGUGAAUUAUAGCAAGGCAAUCCUGGUCUUCUUGCCUGGUAUUGCUGAGAUUCGAUCCUUGAACGAAGCCAUCUUAGGGCAGCCAUUCUUUCAACGUGACUGGGAAGUCUUUCCCUUGCACUCGACCAUAGCGACGGAGGACCAAGAGCGUGCUUUCCUUGUGCCGCCGCCUGGUGUCAGGAAGAUUGUUUUGGCCACCAACAUUGCGGAAACAGGAAUCACAAUCCCAGACGUCACAUGCGUCAUCGACACUGGCAAGCAUCGUGAAUCGAGAUUCGACGAGAGGAGGCAGUUAUCUCGGCUGAUCGACACUUUCAUCUCUCGCGCGAAUGCAAAGCAGCGACGUGGCCGAGCCGGCCGUGUGCAAGAGGGCCUGUGCUUCCAUAUGUUCACCAAGUAUCGCCACGACAAGCUCAUGAGUGAUCAGCAAACUCCAGAGAUGCUUCGUCUGUCCCUCCAGGACUUGGCUAUGCGCGUCAAAGUCUGCAAGAUCGGCGGCAUCGAAGAGACUCUGGCUGAAGCUCUUGACGCCCCUUCUGCCAAGAACAUCCGCCGAGCAAUCGAUGCUCUCAUCGACGUGCGUGCUCUCACAGCUGGCGAGGAGCUAACUCCUCUUGGCGUCCAGCUGGCACGUAUUCCCCUCGACGUUUUCCUAGGGAAACUCAUUUUGCAGGGCACGAUAUUCAAGUGUCUCGAUAUGGCCAUUACAUGCGCCGCAAUUCUGUCUUCGAAGUCACCUUUCUCUGCCCCCUUUGGCCAACGUGCUCAAGCCGACCAAGCGCGCAAAGCCUUCCGGAGGGGUGACUCCGACCUUCUGACGGUCUACAACGCGUAUCUGGGCUGGAAGAAGACGUGCCAAACACAGACACAUCAAGACUUCCAGUUCUGCAAGAAGAACUUUCUGUCACCACAAACCCUCUCCAAUAUUGAAGACCUGAAGGGACAACUUCUAGUUUCACUUGUCGAUUCUGGCUUCUUAAAGCUUACGGAAGACGAGCGACGCACUUUGAACAGGCUACGGUAUGCUAGUAGACGCCGGCAGUUCUUUGAACUGCCGCAGCGAGUCGACGUUAACAGUGAAAACGAUAUCAUUUCAGCGUCUGUCAUCUCUUGGAGCUUUUAUCCUAAACUGCUUAUGCGGGAGAACAAGGGCUUCCGCAAUGUUGGGAACAACCAGAGCAUUAGCCUUCAUCCGUCAAGUGUCAACAAGGGCCACCUAGAACUGAAAUGGCUGUCUUACUACAAUAUCAUGCAGUCUAAACAGUUUCUCAACGCCCACGAGACGACCGCAGUCGAGAAUUUUGCCAUCGCUCUACUAUGCGGCGACGUGCGCAUCGACAUGUUUUCGGGUGUCAUCGUCCUUGACGGAAACCGGGCUCGCUUUAGCGUCCCAGAUUGGAAGACAAUGCUCGUCAUCAAAGUGCUACGCGCACGACUUCGUGAUGUCCUCACGCGCUCGUUCAAGAACCCUGGAAAACUCCUUACCUCCCAACAGGAGAAAUGGCUGGACGCUUGGCAACGGAUAUUCGGCCAAGAUUUUGCAAAGCCAUAA